GUCACGUUGAAAAAUUUCAAUCACCAUUUGAAGGAUCUAAUUGGAAUCCUGGAAGUAUUACCAAAGCAUUCUAUUCUGGUUUAUUCUCUUAUGCUGGUUGGAAUUAUUUAAAUUGUAUGAUUGAAGAAAUGAAAAAUCCUAAACGUGAUUUACCUAUUGCUAUUGUCUUCUCAUGUCUUGUUGUGACUAUUGUCUAUACAUUAGCUAAUGUUGCUUAUAUUACUGUGGUUUCAUUGAAUGAAAUAUUAACAACACCAGCUGUUGCUGUAGUAAGUAAUAAUUAUGAUUUAAUUUGA